AUGAUAUUUGUAUAUCUAAGCAAAAAGAUUUCAAUUCCAAAUAGUACUAAACUAUAUUGUGUAUCAUGGAUGAAAACAUCAGGAUAUAUUGCAACUGGUGGAAAUCAAGGAUUACUUAAAAUUCUUAAACUACCAUCAAAUUCCAACAAUAACAAUGCUUCCUCAAUAACGACAACAACAACAACAACAACAAUGUCAACAAAUUUAUCAAUGAAUCAAAAUUUAGAUGGACAUUCGAAUGUUGUUCAUAUAGCAGAAUGGAAUGAAUGCUAUCAGAAGUUGACAACAUGCGACAGUAAUGGUUUGAUAAUUGUUUGGUUGACACAAAGUGAUAGUUGGUAUGAGGAUUCAACAAAAGGAAUAAAUCAGUUGUGGUUGGUAUGGCAUGGAGUCAUAAUGGUAGUAAAAUUGCAAUCGCUUAUGAGGAUGGACAAGCAAUUGUUGGUUCGGUUGAUGGGAAUCGUUUAUGGAAUAAAAAUGUUGCAAUGGUCAGGUGACUCAUCAUUGGUACUAUUCGGCUUAAUAGACGGUGAAAUACAGUCAUAUGAUGCGACAGGUGUAUUUAUAUAUAAAUUACGUAUGGCUUGCAUAGAAAAUGUUGAAUUGGAAACAGCUUUAAAUAAAGAUUUACGACGUAUUACAAUUGUUUCGAUGGAAUGGUUUACUCCAUUAACUCAAACAAAUGAAUAUUCAAACAAUUAUCAAGUUAAUUUUAAUUAA